AUCUGAAAGCUUUAAUAAGAUAGAAAUUCCAAAGAAACUAACAUAACAUUUCCUAACAUAAGUUGCAUCUAUAAAAUAAUUACUUUUCCUUCCCUACAGCACUUCAUUGAAACUACCUGAUUACAUUGAUUUUAAGUAUUAAAAUGAAGAUAAAGGAGACAAAUUUUCAGUCACAAAUGUCUUUGUGCAUCACUUUAUAAACAAAGUUUGUAUUUCUCUCAAUUUGAAUCUUUGCUCGGAUUAACUCUGAACGUGUUUGUCCUUGGCUUGUACAAAUUAUUGACUGGCAGAACGUCUUGUUCAGGAUUUUCCUUUAAACUCUCUUCCCUGGUGUUAUUUCAGCUCAUCUGCAGAUGUUUCCUUCAUGAGACUGAUCAUUAGAUGAAAUGAAGCCUCCUCAGUCGCAGCUCUGAUGGACAAACCGGAUGUUUUGAUCUUCUUCCAAACUCAGCUCAGUUCUCUCAAACCUUUUUUAAUGAAGUAAUGACACACUCAGAAGGGUUUCACAUAAGAAACUCUGGAAAUUUGUGAAAUGAGAGUCACCAUGUCAUAUCUAGUAGCAGUGUUAGUGACAGAAGUAAUUCUAAUGGCAUCAGACCUUUGUGGGAUGUGUUUGUUUUCCAUUAGUAUUAAUUGGUAAAUGAACUGUUUUCUAAAUUGGCUGUAGGAUAAAUGCAGCUUGUUGGCAUAAUUGGCACUAUUAGCCUUGUUAGCCUAACUGGCAGGGUGCUGCUGUUUGACAUGAAAGUGUUUAGGUUCCACAGGACGAGUCGCAGAGCACGAGCGCAGACAUGAAGUCAGAACAGAGCUCUGAGAACCUGAAGAUUUACUCUGUCCACCAGCGUGUUGAAGCCUGUUGUUCGCAGCUGUCCGAAUCUGCUGCCAGGUUGAAGCUACAGUGUCUGCACUUCAAAGCAACAAGGUGGAAAUUUGAUCCCGUCUGCUGCUUCACUUCAUGUGCCCUGAAUUUGACCUGGAACUGGUUUGUGGUACCUCCUUGCACAUUGGAUCAGAUCACACAGACCCUCUGAUGUUUAUCAGGGUAUCAUCCAGAAACAGUGAACAUUAGCGUGUCUGACAGGGAUUUGUGUAUCAACAGUAAAAGUGUCUCGCAGCUAUAUGUUGACACCUUGCAUCACUUCUCAGCCUUCAUUAUCUUCUGGUUUCUGGCCAUCUUCCCUUGUUGUGACGUGUGCUGAACGUCUGUCAUUGGUUUUUCUGCUUUGGGCCUGUUUAUAGCUGCUGUUUGGCAGCACUGCACCUUCUCUCCAUCCUGUCGCAUGUAACAGCACGUGUUGGACUGUCUGCCUCUGCGCACAACAAGAGUCCAGGGCCAGGGUUCAGGUUUUCCUUUCAGUCCUCCUCUUCAUCACCAUCCCGCCUCCAUUUGGUGUCCAACCCGGAGAAAACAUGUCAGCAGCCUUGGCUCUGCAACUGUUCCCAGUGUGCACGUGUGAAGCGGGUGGGCUUGUGUGUGUCUCUGUGUGACGUUGUGGUCUUUCAUUCUUCUCAUCCUGCUCUUAUCCAAGAGCCACCAAAGACUUUUCUGCAAACACGUGGAAAAACCUCAGUGACCCAGACACACACAUUCUGCUGCUGCUGUUAUCAGUGUGUUUGUAGAUGCCCUGACACACACUCGUUUCAGUUUAUGUGAAGUUGUUAAAACCUCCUCAGCUGUUUCACAUUCCUGUCGUUCCUCAGUCCGGACCUCAUUAACACUGUACAUUUGACCUGCAGCUGCAGCUUGGCAUUUGGACUAAAACUCUUCUGUGUGCAGCCUUUCCAUACAGGACAUGGAUGAUUACUGAGGGGGGCCUACUGGGCACUGGCCCCUGGGCCCAAACUCUGCCUGAAGCAACUGGUAAUUUUCAUGAGUCACAGAGCUCAUGUCUCAAGAGAGAAGGGAACGGCUACAGAGAGACACUAAAGGACUGCAGCCUCCAGGGACACCAAGAGAAGUUUCCAUUGCACUGCUGGCAACCCUCUGUGCGACUGCAUUACAAUGUGUCAAACAGCCAAACUCGCAGGGAAAACAACACAUUAAGAAGGAGGGGGAGGAGGAGGAGAGGUACAUGAUGAAAAAACCCAGGGAGAAAAAGCUCAUGUUUGAGGUCCAGAGAGAGCGGUGGAGGAGGAGGGAGGAGCAGUGUACAAUACAGUCUGUGAGGACAGAGCAGUGGUUGGUGGUGAUGCACAGGCCACACCCCCUGCUCAGGCUAUAGAUGCUGGUGUUUUGGUGGUCCACCUCUCCACACUGAGGACGUCGACAGCUGAACAAGUCCUAAGACUGACUGAUGCCUGCAGGGACAGACUCUUAGUGAAGUUGUCCAGCUCCUGGUCGCUCCUCAUUUUCAUCCUGCUCUUCCAGAAGCUGUAACUCUGAGAGGUCAUGGCGAGCAUUGCUGUCCUCCUCCAAGUGCUCCUCCUGCUGCUCGGAGCAACCCUUCUCCUCAGUGGCAUCCCUGCACAGAGGGUCAGAGUCCGCCGUCAGAACAUGAAGGUUCGGAUCAACGCCACCGGCGACACCAUUGUGAUGAAGUUUGUGCGCCCGAGUCCCGACGUCAAGUUGGAGGGUUAUAUUCUGGGUUACGGCAGGAGCAUGUUCUCCAAGCAGUUCAUCCCGCUGCCGGAGAACGGACAGCCCUACGAGACCGAGAUGGACGCAGAGCCCAAGUACUUGGUGGCUGUGCAGCCGAUCCCCACCAACGACGUGAAGAAACACUGCACAGGCAAGGUGAACCUGGAGAAGCCGCUCCACUUGGUGAUUGGCUCCGUCAGCCCGACAACGGUGCUUUUGUCCUGGGGAAACCAGCUGAAGACGCCCUACAAAGGUGACAUCCUGAACGAGUGUCUGGAGGACGGGUUUUACACCAUCCGCUACAGGGAGAGGAACAGGCAGUGGAUCUACCAGACCUGCCCGACCCAUGAUACAGUCAUUGACCACCUGAAACCCAACACGCCUUACGAGUUUGGAGUCCGCUCCAACAAGGAUGACCGCAGUAGCGUGUGGAGCAAGCCGGUCAUCCACAACACCAACAUGGGCAAUAAAAACACACAUAAGCCGUACAAGCUGCGUAACCCUCUGCCCAAGCCAAUGAAACCUCUUGCACCUCAGGCCCUGUUCCCUCCUCGUCCUGCUCUGCACAACUGGACACAACCUCGACUCUCUGCGCUCAGCAACUCCGGCUUCCCUGGAGCGCCACGCACGUCUUUUGACAAAGGAAAUGCUUUUAGAAAUGGCACCAGCCAAGUGGUGGACUUCCCCAAGCUCCUGCCCACCAAAGCCCCUCCUGCCAACACCACACCUCGUUCCAAAUUACUCUCCAGGGGCGACUCGCUGCAGGGCCUGACCACUAAGAUGCCUACUAGUGUACCUGAGAGUCCUCAUCACCCUGCUGCUUCCGGCAAAUCACAGGACGCGUCGUCGCUGCUGAGAAAGGCUCUGGCCAAUGAGAGGGCCAGAACUAACCCCUGGGGUGCAGGCAGCAACAGACAGCUCAGCCCCUCACUGUCUGUGCAGCCCUACAACCCGGCAACUACCCCGUUUGCCAGAUCCAUGCAACCGGCAUCGAGAAACCCGCGGUUCCCCUUCUCUAACAGCUUCAGACAGCCCCCGUCCUCCUCUAGACACGUGAACGGGCAGCCACACCGGGGCAUUUCCCCGCCCAGACCAGCCUUAUGGUCCCAACCUCGACUGGGAUCCCCUGCUCACCCCUCCGUACCCAUCAACAAGAGGCCAAACCUGGUGGGGAAACCUGGGGAAACAGAUAAGGUGAAAAACCUCAAGCAGACAGACAAGCUGCCAAUGCUGAAACCCAAAGUCCCACCCACCACCAAGCCAACCAAGCAGGAGCACAAACAGACCACGACUGCUCCACCGACACCUGCAUCUCGUCAGGAAACCUGGGAGGAUUCGGACCUGUUUAAAUCACAACCGACCUCUGACGUUGAUGCCAUGGGCAAGAAACGCUAUGUGGCGCCAUACGUCGUCUACCAAACAGGCAAGAAACCAGAUGAGCCUUGCUCCAUCACCUCCUCCCUCAACUACUUCCCUGAAGAUGAACCCGGUGAGACGAACGUGACCGCUCCGCCCCAGGCACCACCCACCAACCUCACCGUGGUGACAGUGGAGGGAUGCCCAUCCUUCAUCAUCCUGGACUGGGAGAAAACUAACAACGACACCACAGAGUAUGAAGUCAUCUCCACCACUAAGGGACCAGAUGGAGAGCAGACGUCUGUACUGACCACCAACCAGACCCACACCGCCGUGGAGAACCUCAAACCUGAGAGCAGUUAUGAGUUCAAGGUGAAGCCGAAGAACGAGCUGGGUGUGGGUCCUCCCAGUGAGCCGGUGUCCUUCAGCACAGAGUCAGCUGACCCAAGGGUGAGCGAGAACUUCUCAGGUAAAGGCGCCAUCUGGACUCAGUUCCCCUUCAAGAUGGACUCCUACUCUGACUGUCAUGGCAAACAGUAUGUGAAGAGGACCUGGUACCGCAAGUUUGUCGGCGUCCAGUUGUGCAAUUCGCUCAGGUACAAGAUCUACCUGAGCGACUCGCUCAAAGGUAAAUUUUACAACAUCGGAGACCAGACCGGCUUCGGUGAGGACCACUGCCAGUUUGUUGAUUCAUUCCUGGACGGGCGGACAGGCAGGCAGCUCCGGGCCGACCAGCUACCAGCCAGACCCGGUUUCUACAGAGCCCUGCGCCAGGAGCCUGUCCACUUUGGCCAGAUUGGAGGACAUUCCCACAUCAACUACGUCUCAUGGUACGAGUGUGGAACCCCCAUCCCUGGCAAAUGGUAAACGGACUCGAGCACAGAGUUGUCCUCAGAGAAGCCAGAGGAGGAUUGGUCACCCGGGCUGUGGGGGCAACAACAGGAGGGUUCCUUAAAAAUCUGAUGGACCCAGUGCUGUAAAAACAUGUACAGGACAUAUCUGUCAGGGAGUUUGUAAUGUAAGAGGAUUUUUUAACUAUGUAAUAGCAAACAUGUCUCAUCUGUACUAUUUAUCAAGCAACCAGGCUGAAGUGGCAGAGACCGGGGGGUGCAUGGGGGUGUGCUACUCUCUGCAGUGUGGGGGGGGGCAGCAAACUCACGCUAGAUAUAUUUUAUUUUGUUCAACAUGGGAAGCUGGCUCCCUGGAAUACUAUGUUCAUAAUUUGUGAGAUGUUAUUUAUCAAGAGCUCUUUGCUCCCAUGUCUUCACGGUGCGGUAGGCGAGACGCUGGGACCUGUGGGUGUGUGAUGCCUCUCCUGUUCCUCUGCUGUAGAUCUCACUGCUUCCUGUUCACUUGAAUCCAGAGUCAGCUGAGCAGAAGGAUUUAAAACAGAGCCAGAGGUCCUGCUUCACAUACACUCUGGUCCCAGUACAACCAGUCUCCUGCUGUCGCUGCUGGUACGUGUGGAGAUGAAGUGUGGACAAGGAAUAUACUUUGUGAUAAACUUGCUAAAUACAUGAGGAUAAGCUCCUGGUACAUGAACCUACUAGAACAGAUCCUGAAAUUAAUAUCUUAAAUGUACAGUAGUUUGGAUGAAUCUCUGCUGUUCUGUCUAACAGAGUGCUAUUGAUUAAUCUGCUGAUUAUUGUCUUGAUUAACCCUUUGGUAGUAACUAGUGGUCCAGCCAACAUUCUGACACCCAAUGAGAUUCUCAUAUUUGAGAAGCUGAAACCUCCUGAGGUUUUGGCCUUUUUGCUUGAAAAUCAACUUAAAUGGUGCAUUGAUUAUGAAAAGAGUAGCUGAUUAAUUCUCACAGUGCUCCGAAGUCUGUUGGGUGUGGAAGUACAUAUGAGCUGUAGUCAUAAAACGUACACUACAUUGUACAGGCUUGACUUUUGGUGCUUUAAUAGAACUCAUUAGUUUCACGUUAGCACAUUGGCUGUGUUGGUUGUUCUGUACCAGACUGCCGCCCUCAACCCUGAGUAGGGAACCCAGCCGGCGGGCGGCUCCUACACUUGCAGUUUGCACAACUAAAAUGUAUUUAUGUGUAUAUGGAGAGAAUGUAGUUUUACAGAUGCCUUUCCCUCACAGUGGCCUUUUUACUGUGCCAUCAGGUGCUCUACUUUUUGCUGCCUCGUGCUAAUGCAGGGUGGGAAGCUAACAACACAGCCUGGUAGUAAAGUCAUAAAUUUAUAUAUUGAAAUUUACCAGCUAGCUAAUGUGGCUAGUCGAAGUGGCAGCACAGACAUUUCAGUUGCUCAGAUGUUCAUAGAAUUUAUAUGGAAAGAAUGUCAACAAAACAAACCUCAGUACAGCCAAAAACAUCCACAGCAUCUUUGAUCAGAUCUGACAUAUGCAGGAGGAUCUGCUAUCUCUGUUUCUUUCAUUAAACUUGUUACAGGAUAUAUGUAAAAUACAAAUUUACUGUCUGUCUUUAGAUAAGUUUAAUAUUAAGUGGGUGCAACUUAACAAAUGUAUCAUUCUUUGUAUUUUCUUUGACUUUUAUGAGCUGCUAUGUGACUGAAAUGCCUGUGGAUUAGGGCUAUGUGCUAGCAUGCUAAUUAUGUUGUAUAAUUGUGUAAAAAAUUGUGCUGCCAUUACUUUCCUGUCCUGCCACCAACCCCACUAUUAAUAGUUUAUGAUGGAGGUUAUGGAGGCAGCGACGCAGGACACAUCCCCCCUGUUCCAUAGGAUGUAGCACAGUCCUGAUCAGGUGCUGUUGUCCUGAACAUAAAAGAGUGAACUGUGCCUUUAACUUGCAGCUGAAGCCCCUGAACCCAUUCUUUUGAAACAAAAGAGAGCUUUGUAAGAAAAGCCAGAAUGUACAUGAACAAGAGGCUGAACUGAUGUUUUUCUAUGUUUGUUUCUCUAUUGACUUUC